ACCAGAGAUGACUUCUUGGGUCAGGUGGAUGUGCCACUUAGUCACCUUCCGACUGAAGACCCAACCAUGGAAAGGCCAUACACAUUUAAGGAUUUCCUUCUCAGACCAAGAAGCCACAAAUCUCAUGUGAAGGGUUUCUUGAGACUGAAGAUGGCUUAUAUACCUAAAAAUGGUGGACAAGAGGAAGAAAACAGUGAUCAAAGGGAUGAACCUGAGCAUGGAUGGGAUGUGGUUGAUUCAAGUGACUCUGCAUCUCAACAUCAGGAGGAGUUACCACCUCCUCCUCUGCCUCCUGGAUGGGAAGAAAAGGUGGACAACCUGGGACGGACUUACUAUGUCAACCACAACAACAGGACUACUCAGUGGCAUCGACCAAGUUUAAUUGACGUGGGAUCUGAUUCAGAUAACAACAUCAGACAAAUUAACCAAGAAGCAGCCCACAGGCGGUUCCGCUCUCGGAGACACAUCAGUGAGGAUUUGGAACCAGAACCUAUGGAGACUGGAGACAUUCCUGAGCCUUGGGAAACCAUUUCAGAGGAGGCAAGCACAAGUGGAGAUUCCUUAAGCUUGUCAUUGCCGCCGCCUCCUGCAUCCCCAGUAUCCCGUACCAGUCCUCAGGAGCUGUCUGAGGAACUGAGCAGAAGACUUCAGGUCACUCCCAAUUCCAAUGGGGAACAAAGUUCGUUGAUUCAAAGAGACCCUUCUUCAAGAUUAAGAUCCUGCAGUGUGACAGACGUCGUUGCUGAACAGUCCCAAUUAUCCUUG